UUAGAAAAUUUUUCGUCCUCAAAUUUUGCUAUGCAUUUUUAUUUUAUUAUAUCAGCUCUUUGUGUUCUUUCUUUCUUCUUUCUCUUAAAGCCUAUCGGAUUUCUUUUGAUGAAUUAAUAUGAUGGGAUUUGGAGAUUCUGAUGAAUUAAGAUAUGGGAUCUGGAGAUUCUGUGGCAGCAUCGCUCCUAAGGGCGCGUUUCCUGUUGGUGCUGGCCCUGGGCUUCUUCAUCACGUUGCCAGUCCAAGUCUCCGCUCUCUGCCUCUCGAACCAGAGCUCGGCGCUGCUCGAGUUCAAGCGGACCCUCGCCCUGAUCCCUCAGCCCGAUGACAUCGGCUCAUGGAGAAACGGCACCGAUUGCUGCUCCUGGUCUGGCGUCACCUGCAAUUCCUCGACUGGCUUCGUCAUCUCCCUCCAGCUUAGCGGCGCAGGCCGGAUGUGGCCCAACUUCAGCAAUUUCAGCGCUUCCCUGUUUGACCUUCGACACUUGCGCUUCCUUGAACUCAGCAAUAUCCCGUUCAAAGGGUCGAUUCCUUCCAGGUUGGGGGAGCUCACCGAGCUCGCCCAUCUCAACCUCUCCAACGGCGGCUUCACCGGCCAGAUUCCCUCACAGCUUUCUCAGAUGACCUCGCUGGUGUCCCUCGAUCUCUCUACCUCCUACUUCAGUUCCCAAUCUCUGAAGCUUGGGGAGGCUGGUUUCAUUCAUCUCCUGAAGAAUCUCGACCAAUUGACAGAUCUCCGACUCGAUGGCACCAACAUCUCCAUGAGUGGCGCCGAAUGCAGCUCUGUCCUUGCGUCAUCGCUACCAAAACUCCAAACCCUCAGUCUCUCCAGGUGCUCAAUCUCCGGACCUAUGAACAAGUCGAUUAUAGGCAUCAAAUCGCUCGGUCACCUUGAACUGCGUUUCAACGAAAUGUGGAAGAUCCCGGACUUCUUCAUCAAUCUCACGUCAUUGCAUUAUCUGGGGUUGAGUUCAUGUUCUCUGGGGGGCAUCUUCCCUGACGGCAUUUUCAGGCUGCCUUACUUGCAGCACCUUGACAUCAGCAACAACCCGAAUCUGAGCGGCUCUUUCCCGAAAAUUCUUCCCGUGAGUGGCAGCCUUCUGACUCUCAUCCUUUCUUCCACGAAUCUGGGCGGAACGAUCUCAAAUUCGAUUGGAAACCUCACCGAGCUGAGGAUAUUGAAGAUGAGCAGCUGCAAUUUCACGGGCUCGAUUCCUUCGUUACUCUCCAACCUCACCCGGUUGCAGAUCAUAGACAUGUCGUUCAACGGUUUCACCGGCCAGCUUCCGUCACUCUCUGCAAGCACAAUCACGGACAUCGAUCUGUCUACGAAUCGUUUGUCAGGACCUAUACCUGAGUCCUUCAGUGAGCUGCAGGGCCUGACGACACUCAAGCUCGGCGACAACCUCCUGAUCGAUCCCAUCCCCUCAGGCCUUCUCAAUCUUCCUUCUCUGAAGACGGUGGCCCUUAGCAAUAAUAAGUUGACAGGUUCUCUCUCCCAAUUCACCAAUCCAUCCUCUUUGUUGGAGAUUCUUGACCUCAUCAACAAUUCCCUUAGCGGCGAGAUACCAUCUAGUAUCACCUCCUUGUCUCAACUCAAGGCUGUCGGGCUAUCCUUCAACAAUUUCAGUGGUACAGUCGACAUCUCUCUCUUCAUGGGGAUGAAGAACCUUUCCCAGUUGGAUCUUUCUGAAAACAGGCUAACUGUAGCACUCGACGUUCCUCGUCGUAGUCAGGACGAAAUGGCUCAACUCACCUAUCUGCAGUUGGUGUCGUGCAAUAUUCGCAAAUUUCCUGAAUGGAUCCGUAAUCAAAGGAUGCUCACCUUACUUGACCUUGCCAACAACAAUCUAAGUGGGUCGCUACCAUCAUGGCUCUGGGGUAUGUCUAGCCUCCAGCAUCUGAAUCUAUCUCACAACAUGCUAACCAUUUUGGAGGAGCCGAUGGCUUUUGGCAACAGCACAUCGUCCUUAGUCGUUCUGGAUUUGCAUUCCAACUUGUUGGGCCCUGAUCUUCCUCCAUUCCCUCCCAACGCGAUCUUCUUGGAUUUCUCAUCCAAUAGGUACGUCUCAAACAUCCCUUCGAACAUUAACUCAACCUUCCUUCGCUACCUGUCUAUCUCCAACAGUAACAUCACUGGCUCGAUCCCGGAAUCACUCUGCAAUUCAGAGAUGCUCAUGGUUCUCGACCUCUCCAGUAAUAGUUUGGUGGGUUCAAUACCCCACUGCCUUACAAGCUGCAGCGAGUUGUUCGCACUGGACCUGGGCAAAAACCAACUGAGCGGCCCAAUCCCUGACGUGUUUGGCAGCAGCGUUUGCAGUUUAAUGAUCCUUAACUUGAACAGCAAUCGGCUACGUGGGAGUGUGCCGGAAUCUUUGUCUAUGUGCCGUAACUUGAAGGUUUUGGAUUUAAGUAAUAACCAGUUGACUGGUGAAUUUCCCUCCUGGUUAGGAGGCUUGACUAAGUUACAGCUGUUGUCCUUGCGCUCAAACCAUUUUUAUGGUUCAGUUGUGCGUCCUCUCUUCGAGAACCCGUUCCCCUCGCUGCAGAUCAUCGAUGUCUCUUCUAACAACUUGAGCGGGACACUUCAGCCUGGCCUGUUUCGAAUUCUGAGAGCUAUGAUGGAGAAGAGAGGACCAAAUGAUCGUACUGCUAAACUUAUGGGCGUCGAGGUUUUUAGUAAUGCCAAAUAUGAAAACAGAGUUACCAUGACAAUCAAAGGAUCAAAUUUCCAGAUGGAUAAAAUGCUCGACCUACUGGCCAUCAUGGAUCUGUCAAGCAAUCGUUUCUCAGGUGAAAUUCCAAAUGAGAUUGGGACACUUGAGGGCCUUGUUGUACUAAACAUGUCAAACAAUGAACUGGUUGGUCCAAUACCACAGCCUGUGGCGAAUUUGCUUCAGCUUGAAUCCUUGGAUCUGUCCCGCAACAACCUGUCUGGAAACAUUCCGGUCGCUCUCUUGAGACUCACAUUUCUUUCAGUGUUGAAUUUGUCAUUCAAUAGUCUCCAAGGAAAAAUACCGGAGGGCAACCAGUUCUCAACAUUUGAUGCCCGGUUCUUUGAGGGAAAUGCUGGACUCUGUGGGCCACCAUUAACACGCAAAUGCACAGAUACCCGUCCUAUUGAUUUCACCGGCGACCGGAAAAUUGAUUUUAAGCCGUUAUACAUAGCAGCAGAGUCGGGUUUCAUCGUCGGUCUCGCCUGCGUCCUUAUGCCUCUCUUUCUUGUGGGGAGGGUGAGAAGGUGGUGGUAUGGUCUUGUAGACAAUUUCAUUAAUGGCUCUUAAAAAACUGCGUUUACACUCUUGCAAUUUCUUUGGCUAGAUUUAAUGCUCUUGCUACUUCCAAUCUCAAGAUAUAAGAAAGACUGUUUCUGUAAUUAAUGUCGCACUUUAUUUUCUCACUGCAGUUGAUGCUAUGGUUUCAAAAUCUGUUAUGUACAUAUACAUUGUGCCCCUCAUGCAUGUCCGAGGCAGUA